AUGGAACUCUUUAUUGCGGUCAAGGCUGUCAAGAGCAAUACGGGCAAGUUUACAGAAAGACGAUAUACUCUGACGAUACCUGACGCCGCUGCAGAAUCUGCGAUGCAAGUGAAGGCACAAAUCGUGCUACAACCGUCGAGUAUUGUGGUCCGAAUCAUGAUGGACAACAUUGCAGUGCCGGACAGUGUUGUUCUUCAGACGGUCUAUGUGGUAUCACCAGCGAAUUCUGCGGCGAAGGGUGCCAACCAGCUUUUGGAACGUGCACUCAGGAGAGAUGUGGUCCAUCGAACGGCAACAGCUCCUGUCCCUUUCCGCAGUGUUGUUCCCGCUUUGAUUAUUGCGGGACUGGUCUUGAUUUCUGUGCUGUCCCAGUAA